CCGCGGCGCACACACGUUACCGCCGUAAAAGAGCAUUCGUACGUGGCCGACGCGCGUGCGAUUACCGUCGUUGCGUCCGCGAGAUAGUAUAUCUCUCGUGUGUGUUCGCGCUCGUGUUCUUGUUUAAUUUUUUUUGGUUUUCCUUUUUUUUUUCUUUCUAUUUGUUUAUUCGGGUUUUUUUUCCCUCCCCGUUCGGAUAUAUUAUUACUUCGAUGCGUUACGCGCGUCAUCCUGUGUCGGGAAGUGUUUUUUGACGUUUUGUCCGACCGACUAUUGUUGUCGUGAAGAUCUGAAACAAUGUUCCGCGCGACAGUAUCCGCGAGUCGUUGAUCGUUGUUCGCAGCACGUCCGGCAACCACGAUCGACGCGUCGACGCCUUCGCACACCACCGGACGAUCGAGGACCGCGAUGGGCUGGUCGGCACGGUCGCUGGCCACGGUGCUGGCGGCGAUCGUGGUCACGGCGGGCGGACACGCGACCUCGCCGCCUACGGUGGUCAUGGACAACGUGACCGAGUACGACGAGACGGCCAACAUGACGGACGAGGAGUACCAGAACUACCUGGUCGAGUACAUCACGCCGCAGAAGUCCGAAUGGGUGUUCAUCGUCAUGCACUCGAUGGUGUUCGUGGUCGGGCUCAUCGGCAACGCGUUGGUCUGCGUGGCCGUCUACAGAAAUCGAACAAUGCGAACAGUGACAAACUAUUUCAUCGUCAACUUGGCAGUGGCUGAUUUUUUAGUUAUUCUAAUCUGCUUACCACCAACUGUAUUGUGGGACGUUACAGAGACAUGGUUCAUGGGCACUUUGGCUUGUAAAAUCGUUUUGUAUUUUCAGACGGUCUCGGUCACGGUGUCCGUCAUGACGCUGACGUCGAUUUCCAUCGAUCGCUGGUAUGCCAUCUGCCAUCCGUUGAAAUUCAAAUCGACCACCGGCCGUGCCAGGACCGCAAUCAUUAUCAUAUGGAUCGUGGGACUCGCCUCAGACAUUCCUGAGCUAUUAGUACUGGAAGCUAUAAACAAGACGAAACGGAUGUAUAUUUAUCUGACUCAAUGCGAAGCCCUGUGGAGCCAAGAAUCGGAAACCGCCUACCAAAUCGCCAAGAUCAUCAUACUAUACGUUCUGCCCCUGUCCCUUAUGUCGGUCACCUACUAUCAGAUUGUACGAGUUCUGUGGAAAUCUGACAACAUACCCGGCCACACGGAAACGGUGCAGAUGUUCAACGCAAACACCUAUAAUAACGGCUUCAAUCGGACGGCAACCAUGGGGUGUAACAGCACUAUGGCUCAGAUAAAAGCCAGGAGGAAAGCGGCGAAAAUGUUGGUGGCAGUCGUGGUCAUGUUCGCUCUUUGCUACUUCCCCGUGCACCUGAUGAACUUGAUGAGAUUUACUGUGGGAAUUUAUCAGUCACAGGUGACAGCUUUGAUUUCAAAUUUAAGUCAUUGGCUGUGCUAUGCCAAUAGCGCCGUGAAUCCAUUGAUAUACAACUUCAUGAGUGGCAAAUACCGGAACGAGUUCAAACGGUUGUUCCUGUGUUGGGGCUCGCACAGGCAGAACCGCUUGCGCAGGGGCGCGCACACCUCCCGGAGCGGCACGUACAUAUGCCGGUUCACCAUGACCACGGUGAAAACGGACAACGUGAGCUUCGGACUUUCGCCCGAGGACGUCCAGUGAUCGGAGCGCCUCGACAAAGCAAAUUUUCCGCGAUAUUUUUUUUUUUCUCCUCGACUACGCACAAAAAAUAAUUGUUACGAACGUCUGUGCAGUAGUGUUCGUAUGCGCAGACGCGUGCGCUUCCUCACGGGUGUGUGCGUGCAUGCGUGUGUUGUGUGAAAAUGUAUAUAACGUAAUGUUUUUUUUUUUUUUAUAAUAUCAACGUGGUUAACGUAAUACUUUUGAAAAGAUGGAAAAGAAAUUGAAAUCUCACAUGCGCUCGAAAUCGUAGCGAAACGCGCAAAAUCUCCCCCUCCCCUCUCGUAUUUUACCGAUCGUGCUAUAAGCUUUUUAUUUUCAUUUUUCUCGCAUUCUCCUAAUAGUCUCACGGCUGUAUUCUGCGCAGGAUGCGACGUUCAUAAUAAACAUGCUUGUAUGCGUAUGGAUACUUUAUCCUGUUCUUUUAUCGCGGUACCCAAUAUACGAUGUUUUAUAUUUAGUUUUAAGAUUUUCUACGUUCACUUUCCGCACUACAGUAUGCAACUUUUUUUUAUCAUCAACUAGUUAUUGAGCUAUUCUUAGUGCUAUUACAGGCUACUAUUUUAUGCUAUGUUUAUUUAAAACUAAAUCUAUACCGAACGAAUCUAUGUCGAACCCGUGCGUGAGGUGAAUUGCCUUUGCUCUGAAAUUCCGCUGAACCGCUACCGUUUAACAUAAUUAACAUAGUCCAACAAUAACGUAAUAAAUCCAACCUUUAAUACUAAUUACAAUAAAAACAAACGAUAAUUAUAUUAUAGUUACUUCUUGAACCAGCAUUACUCGUAUUUAGCGACCGUUAUCACUUUUCCUCUUCCUUGGUAGCCACAACCUCUUUUAUAUAUUAUUCAACUGCUUCUCAUUUCCCAAUACUCUGUAAUACAUCAAUCAAGACUAGUGCACAUAAAUCUCUACGUAUUCGUGGUACAGACUACUCGACGGACCACAGUUGGAACUUUUUCUAUAGCUCGAUGAUAUUCCUCUCCUAAAUCCAAACUGGUUUUCUGUGAGCCCGUCUAGUGUUAGAUGUGCCUCUAGUUUCAAAACUAACCAAACAAUUUACCAAUUAUGUGCCGAUGGAGGAUGACAAUUCUAAAGGUGUUAAUAAUAUUACUACUACAACUAUUUUUUUAUUUUUUUAUUUUAAAUCGUUGGAUCCGGGAGAGAUCUGCCUUCCUUUGUUUUCCCGCUGGACCAUCAUUGUUUAUCAAAUUAUCAAAAGUAUACAAGGUAUUUAAAGUGGGACCUGGUUUUACAGUCGUAGUGAAUCUAACUUAAAAUACUAAUAGCUAUAACUACUACUACUAUUUAUACUAUAUUGAUAUAAAGGGCGAAAGAAAAAAAAAAUUACUUUCACUGUGUAUUUAUUGAAUAUAAUCUUAUAUAAUCUGUAUAUACGUAAUAAGCUCAUUAUAUUCUCCGUUUUUUUUAUUAAAAAUCGAUGAUGAUAAUUGUCACUGCGCUAUUAUUUUCAGAUCAGUCUCGCGCAAAUGAUUGCCAAAAAUGUUAAUGUUUCUAUCAGUAUUAUUCAACCAAUUCUACGAGAAUCGUAGAUUCUGAAUCGUAAUUGACGUGGGCGUAUAAUGAAAUAAAAUAAUCUAAUGGAAUCGAAAAAUACGACAAAAUAUUAUUCUUAUUGUACACUUUUAGGGUAUUUCGGGUACUUCGAGAAACACUUCGAGAUUCGAUUAAACCUGUAAGUUCACAUGCAACGGAAAACUAUAUGAAAAUUAUGAUAACCUAUUACAAAGACAUGCGUGAUAAUGGAAAACGACUGUAAAAACAGGUUCCUGUGCAAAGAAGAUUACUGUGGUUUUAACUGAUAUAGAUUUAGAUGUGCGAUGUAUAUGGUACUGUGCACAUGAUAUUAUACCAAAUAAAAGCAACAGAAAAAAUCACCUCGUAAGUCGCAAAAAAAAUCCUCAUUUUUUAUGUUUUUCCUUUACACUCGCGCAAAAUAUACAAUUAAUUUACGAUACUAAUUUAACGUGUUUGUAAAUUAACAGUUUUGCGUCGUAUAGUUAUUAUACGUACAGCGAAACACAUAGACAUAUUGUCAAUAUUUAUACGAGUACUUAGUCGAGGACACUAUAUAUGUACGCUAUGCCCAAGCCUGAAGUUGUUGUUUUAGAUUAAAAUUAAAAUAAAACCGUAAAUUCUAUUUUAAAAUUGUGAACUCAUAUUGAAUGCUUAUUGCUACGUUUCUUUUCUUUUGCCUUGUAUAAAGUAAUACGUUUUUUCUCUAUUCAGAUACUUAUUUAAUAUAGAAACACGGAACGAUUCUAUUAUAAUCAUUUAAUCGAUCACUGUCGAACUUAAUUUGAUAAUAUUGUCGCCGCCAUGUAACGGUCAUUGGAUUGGUGAAAUAUCGUUUAAUGGUAUACAACAUUAUUGUUCACAGUUCAUCGAAUAAUAAUGCGUAUUAGAACGUUUUUGGAGAUAUAUAUAAGUUCAAAAUUAUUAUGUUGAUAUCCGAUUAAUUAUGGAACAAAAAUACACGCGGGGAUAAUAUAUAUAUAUAUAUAUAUAUAUUAUAUAUUUUUAAUAUGCUUCCUUAUUCGUUUAUAUUUAGGUGAACUUAGCACAGCAAAUAUAUUAACAAUCGUUUAACUAAUCAAAACAGAUAUACAAUAAUAAUACGAUGCGAUCAAAAUUAUGACCCUUGAAGUCCCACCGGUGAGUGUAAUGAAUCGAAUCCCACAAAUAACUAAGCUAUAUCAUAUACUACUGUAUCUUACAAAUGUGCCUGCAUGCACGACAUUCCAUUGGUUUUUUUUGUCCUCUGAUACCUCGUCGUUUUCGCGAGUUUAUCAAUACUCGUACAGUCUACUGCAUUACGGUAAUAUAUAUGAGAUAUGUUGACCUUUAAACGGCGGCCGCGAAGCGUUGGGUCGUUUUUUCGAAUAUCAUGGUUCCGACGAUGCACGUAGAAGACCAUGUUAUUAUUGUAAUAAGCGAUUUUCCAUUUCCAUUCGUAAUAAUAAUGUUACGCUGUAUUUCUCGAUAUGUAUAAUAAAUACACAUAUAUUAUGUUGUACAUAUUAUCUACCGCGCGGUUUGUUUUCAACCAGUCACCUUGACCAGAGCAGCGCGUGUAUCAUUAUAGUUUUUAUUACAUUGUUUCACGUUGAUUCCCUACUCGUAUGUGUACAAACGCGUGUGUUUGUGUAUGUGUUGGUACGCACGCAUAUACCUGUAUAAUUGCGUAUGUGUCCGGGCGCAGUGGUGGAUCUAGGAUUUUAUAAUGGGGGGGGGGAUAUAAAAUAUUUUCGUACAUAGUAUGUAUAUGUAUUAUAAGCUUUAUUCUACUAAAUUUACAAAGUAAAAUUUAAUUUUCUCGAUGAUUGUGCCAUUACUCUAUGGCUGUAUCCCGGGUCAUCAUAUAAGUACGAGAUGUAUAUCCGUAAUCUGAUAUGAAGUUAGAUACUAAUGUAUACUAGUGUAUCCAUCUUGGUUACGAAAUAAUAAUGAAAUAGUUAAAUUGUACAUGCAAAAAUUGAA